CUCCCUGUCCCCUCCUCCUCCGGCGCCCGCUCCAGCUCCCCCGGGCCCCCAGCCCGGCCGGGCGCUGACAGCAGCGGCGGGGGUCCCAGCGGCUGCCGCCGUGUCCCUGGCAGGCUCCGGCUGCGCCAGCGGAGCCCCCAGCGAGGCCAUGAACCGGCCGCUGACGGCGUCGACGGAGGCGGAGGAGGAACUCGAGUGGCAAGUGGCGAGUAGCAGGAGGAAGGCCUGGGCCAAGUGCCGCAGCUCCUGGCAGGCGUCGGAGGCGGAGGAUCUGUCCACAGAGGCGACGACGCAGGACGAGGACGAGGACGACGACGAGGACCUCCCCGGCGCGAAGCUGCCGGCGUCCGCUGGGCGAGGGAACGUGCCCAACGAGAAGAUUGCGAUAUGGCUCAAGGACUGCCGCACCCCUCUGGGCGCCUCCCUGGAUGAGCAGAGCAGCAGUGCUCUGAAAGGUGUGCUUGUGAGAAACGGAGGAAGCUUUGAAGAUGACUUAUCAUUGGGAGCUGAAGCCAAUCACCUCCAUGAAAGCGAUGCUCAAGUGGAAAACUGCAACAAUAUCUUGGCCAAAGAGAAAAGACUCCAGUUUCAUCAGAAAGGGAGAAGUAUGAAUUCUACUGGAUCUGGGAAAAGCAGUGGCACAGUCUCAAGUGUUUCAGAAUUGUUGGAACUUUAUGAGGAAGAUCCUGAAGAAAUUCUUUAUAAUCUUGGAUUUGGGCGAGAUGAACCAGAUAUCGCUUCUAAAAUUCCUUCCAGAUUUUUUAAUUCAUCGUCUUUUGCCAGAGGCAUAGACAUUAAAGUAUUUUUGAGUGCCCAAAUGCAACGGAUGGAAGUGGAGAACCCAAAUUAUGCUUUAACAAGCCGUUUUCGUCAAAUUGAAGUGCUUACUACUGUGGCCAAUGCUUUUUCUUCUUUAUAUUCCCAAGUUUCUGGGACUCCCCUGCAAAGAAUUGGAAGUAUGUCCUCAGUGACUUCUACUAAGGAGACAACUGAUUCCCCUCCACCUUUAACCCGAAGCAAUACUGCAAACCGUUUAAUGAAAACACUAUCAAAACUAAACUUAUGUGUUGAUAAAACAGAGAAAGGAGAAGGUGGUACUCCUUCCCCCACUAGUGAAAAAGGCAAGAUUCUAAAUGUUUCAGUGACUGAAGAAAGUGGCAGUAAGAAUGAUCCCAAGUCUCAGAAACUUGUGAAGAAAAAAGACUCCUCUUCAAUGUUGGCUACAGUCAAAGAAGAAGUUUCAGGUAGUUCCGCCACCGUUACAGAGAGUGUUGAUGCUGACAGACUUUCUAAUGAAGCAAAAGGUCAUUUUAGCCAAGAAAGGGAAAGUGAACAAAGCAAAGCAACUAAAAGUCACGAGAAUAAACUGCACCAGAAAUCUGUUGUUACAGAUUCUGAUCAGGGUUGUGAUUUUAACAUGUCCAGCCACAGGGAGUUGGAGAACAGCAGCGAGCUCAGAGAUGCGCAUGUAUCCUCGUCGGAAAAAGAACCUUGUGCACCUCUGACAAUCCCAUCCAUAAGAAAUAUUAUGACACAGCAGAAGGACUCCUUUGAAAUGGAAGAGGUUCAGAGCACAGAGGGAGAAGCACCGCACGUGCCAGCUGCUUGCCAGCUAGGUCUCACCAAGUCCAAAAGAGAUCAUCUGUUACGAACUGCAAGUCAGCAUUCCGAUAGCAGUGGUUUUGCUGAAGAUUCUACAGACUGCCUCUCCCUUAAUCAUCUUCAGGUUCAUGAAUCCCUGCAGGCCAUGGGGAGUAGUGCUGACAGCUGUGACAGUGAGACAACUGUCACUUCCACUUCCUUAGGUGAAGACCACGUUACUCCGACAGCACAAGACCAGCCUUAUUUUAAUGAAUCAGAGGAGGAGUCUCUUGUCCCUGUUCAGAAAGGAGGAUCAAAGGUGGCAACAGUUGCUGACAAAAGAAAGUCAGACAGCCAAGAUUUUCCUCAGUGCAAGACUAUGGAGAAUACUGGAAACAAAGAGUCUACAUGGGGUCCAGUUCCUGUUUCUGAAAUGUUUGAAGAAGAUUUGUCUCUAGCAGAGACUGGAGAGCUCCUGAGGGAAGCAAGUGGGGAAAGCGAUGUGGAUAAAAGCAGCGAAUGUGAAUUUGCCCAGUAUACCACACACCAUAUUCUCAAAUCCCUGGCUUCCGUUGAAGCUCAGUGCAGUGGUAUGAGCUCUGAAAAUAAAACUGGGCUUCCCUCUUCUGUGGACAGAGUUAAUACUGCUUUGCAAAGAGCUCAUAUGAAGGUUGGCAAUCUGUCUGGUCAGAGAGUAGGGCGUAGCCUAAUAAAAUCAAAGGAUCUAUUAAAACAAAGGUACUUGCUUUCAAAAGCUGGCUACCCUCUAAGAAGGUCUCAGUCUUUACCAACCACGUUACUUAGCCCAGUAAGGGUUGUGUCCUCUGUCAAUGUCCGGUUAUCUCCAGGAAAGGAGACCAGAUGCAGCCCACCUUCAUUUACCUACAAGUAUACACCCGAAGAGGAACAAGAGUUGGGAAAGCCUUCGAGUGAGCAUGAUGGUCACUCUUUAGUUAAAUCCACUAUUUUCAUCCCUCCAUCCUCUGUGAAGAAAGACGUCCCUCAAAGUGAGGUAACCCGGCUGGAGGAGUGCCACGAUGGAAGGCUUCCUGCCUGUGCGCAAUUUGCUCCUAUAUCUCAGUCCACAUGCUCCCUUCAUACUGUCCACUCUGAGUGGCAGGACAGACCCUUGUGUGAGCACAUGAGGACUCUGAGUGCUCACAGUGUCCCCAACAUAUCAGGCGCUGCCUGUAGUGCCUUCACUUCUUUUGGGUGUCCUUACUCGCAUAGACAUGCUGCCCAUCCUUACCGAGCUUGCUCUGCAAAUCCUCCUUCUGCCAUAGAAAUGCAGUUGCGAAGAGUCUUGCAUGAUAUUAGAAACUCAUUGCAGAGUCUUUCACAGCACCCUAUGAUGACAGGGCCUGAGCUCACUGCUGCUCCAUAUAGCACUCAGAAAUCAUCCACUCUACCUCUGUAUGAAAAUACUUUUCAGGAGCUUCAAGUCAUGCGACGGAGCCUGAAUUUGUUUAGAACACAAAUGAUGGAUUUAGAGUUGGCUAUGCUGCGACAGCAAACCAUGGUAUAUCACCAUAUGACAGAGGAGGAAAGGUAUGAAGUUGAUCAGCUACAGAGUUUGAGGAAUUCUGUCCGAAUGGAGUUGCAGGAGCUGGAACUGCAGCUGGAGGAGCGCCUACUGGGCCUGGAUGAGCAGCUGCGUGCUGUGCGGGUGCCUUCGUCUUUCCGUUCCUCAACGCUUGUGGGAAUGUGUGCCAGCAGAAGCGCUGAUAACUUGUCAUACCCUUCUCCAUUGAAUGUCAUGGAACCAGUCACGGAACUGAUGCGGGAACAGUCAUACCUGAAGUCUGAAUUGGGCCUGGGACUUGGAGAAACGGGAUUUGAAAUUCCUCCUGGAGAGAGCUCAGAGUCUGUUUUCUCUCAGGCCACAUCCGAAUCAUCUUCUGUCUGCUCCAGUGCCUCCCACACCAACAGAAGAACCAGAGGACCUUCUGGUGGUUCAGGGGGCAAACCCAGAGCCCGCCUAGUGACAAGAAAGAAAAUAUUCCGAGCUUCAGUGGCCCUGACACCAACUGCUCCCUCUAGAACAGGCUCUGUGCAGACACCUCCAGAUCUGGAGAGUUCUGAGGAAGCUGGAGCAGCUGAAGAAGGAUCACAGGCUGUAGGACCUAAAUCUGAAGUGGAAGAAGGGCAAGGGGCUCUCCCCCUGAUGACAACUUCUGAGGAAGGGCAUCUGAAUGUGGAGCAGGAUGAGUUACAGCAAGUCAUACGGGAGAUUAAAGAGUCUAUUGUUGGGGAAAUCAGACGAGAAAUUGUGAGUGGACUUUUGGCAGCAGUGACUUCAAGUAAAGCAUCGAAUUCAAAGCAAGAUAGUCAUUAAAUGGAAUUUAUUAGGUUGGCAUGGAUCCCAUUAACUGUAAUACUGGCAUUAUCCUGAUUUUUCCUGGUGGAAACAUUACCUAUUCUUUGGAAGAUUCGGUUUGCUGAGCUGGGCUACUGUGUGCAGUGUACAGUGUGCAUUUCUGUAUGCACUGUGCAGUGUACAUGUCCAUAUGCAAUGUACAGUGCAUUUUUGUAUGCAGCAUACAGUAUGCAUUUCUUCUAUGCAUAUAUUUUAAAAAACAUACAUAGAAACUUAGGCACUUUGUUGAAUCAUUUCUUAACUAUCAGGCUAGGAAUUUGUAAAGCCUAAUAUUUAUUUGUAUGUCAAUAUUUUUCCAAUUGAUUUCCUGCAUAGAAGUAAUUAUAAAACUUGAAAACUUCCAGAUAUAACCAACUUACAAAUAUUUCUUCAGACUAGUUUCUUACAACACUGACCUCUAUGAGGUAUUUACUGUGCAAUAACGGAUUCAUUUUUUGAGAGCUUGAAGCAACCAAUGACUUUUCCCUCCACUGCUGUUCAUUAGUGUCACUUCCAAGAGGACAAACCAUCUGUUGUAAAAAUCGCUUUUAAUUCUUGAGAAGGCUGCUAAGCAGCAGUAGGGUAGAUCCUAUGGGGCUACCUACAACUGCUUCUUGUUCUUACACUGUAAGCCUUGUUGCUUUACCCAAAACAAACUUAACUUUAUAGCUUACAUGGUAUUUUUCUUUUUGGAAAUGUGCCUUAUGUUAAACACUAUGUGCUUUCUGCAUUGUCAAAAUGUCUUAUUAUAAGGAGAUGUUUCUUCUGUCUUUUAGACUAAAUAGUAGUAUUAUCAAAAUAAUGGGGCCUGUGACUUGAAUGAAUAGAAAUGAAUAAGCAGGCUUUAGUUUUUCCAAAAUGACAGGUGUGUUUUCCUCAGAUAUAAAUGAUUUUCAUUCAGUUUUAACCUUUGGAAACUCUUGGUUUUUCUGAAAGAAAAAGGAAAAUGGUUUCUUAUUUGGUAUUAUAUGUGUCAAAUAAAUGUAUAAAGUAACAACCAAAUGUUGUUAGAAAGUAGUCUUUUAGCAUUUAUAAUUUUCAGCUCAUACUAUGUUUAUCUGGGAAGUUUUAGUCAAAAGUGGUUGAAAUAUUAACAUUGUUCCUUGAAAGAGUAUCUAAAAGGUUUAUAAAUGUUUGAAAUAUCACACAAAGGCUGAUUUCUAAAAAAUUAAACAAUAAAGUAUUUAUUUU